AUGACCACCGACCAAGUCAAGCCGUCACCAACCGCGCAGGCGCAUCCCAGUGAGAGCACCCGCCAUGCCCAUGACCAUGGCCAUAAGCAGAGCAUACCGCCUGCAACUACGCCGUCCAAGGAAGAAGACACUCCUAGUGAAAGGAGCGAAGGCGCCGUCUCGGAGGACAGUCCGCCCCUGCCAGAUGAGGAGGCGCCUCCGCUGCCUGACGAGCCGGUGCCAGACGCAGAGGACGACGGCUGGGAGCCUCGCUGGGACAACAAUGCGCAAGCAUGGUAUUUUUACAACAACAAGACGGGAGCAUCACAAUGGGAAAAUCCACGUGUGCCCGAGGCCGCCACAACCAGCUAUGCAUCGUACGACAGAACCUUCAGCGCUGCUGCCCUGCCUUUGAAUACCGGCGCACCCGGCACCAGCUCUCCGCCCAGGCGCAAAUGGGGAGGAUACAACCCCGCCAUUCAUGGUAGCUAUGAUCCCAAUGCCGACUACGCACGGGAGGCAACGAAAGAAGAGGAGGAGGAAGAGGCGGCUGCCCAAGCUGCGGCAGCUAUGGCGGCUGGCCUACCCAAUCCCACUGGGACGGAUUACACAGCACAAGCACAAUUUAACCGCUUCACUGGCAAGUUCCAGACAGCUGGCCAGGGUCCUGAGGUGCACAACGACGAGAACAAGAGUAAACGCCAGAUGGCUGCCUUUUUCGAUGUCGAUGCUGCGGCCAACAGUCACGAUGGUCGUAGUCUCAAGGCGGAACGCCGUGGCAAGACAUUGAACAAGAAGGAACUCAAGGCGUUCAAGGAGAAGCGCCGUGAUAAGAAGGAAGAGAAGCGCCGCGCUUGGCUACGUGACUGA